AUGGUUCACUGUCCGAUCUGUGAAAAACCAGUUCCUCAGCUGAAGAUCAAUGAUCACAUCGACUCUGGCUGUCAGAAUUUUAUCGAAUCCUCCCCAGAUUCCUCCCAAAAGGCUGUCCCCAGCAUCUUUCAACCGCCCUCCGCGCGCAAAGCUUCCCAAUCGAAUCCUAUUAAAGAAUCGCCCUCGUAUCCGGUAACACCACGACCUCUCAACGGCAAGAGAUCAUUUGUGCAAGACUCAGAACCGCCACAGACUGGAUCGAAGGAAGUAGGUGGAGAGAAAGAACCGCAGGCAAAGCGUCCGAGGAUCAAUGCCUUCCACAAAGCAGCUCCCCUGGCGGAACGAAUGCGGCCCAAGACCCUAGAGGAGGUCUGUGGUCAAGAACUGGUCGGUCCGGAUGGGGUUCUACGUGGACUCAUCGAGCAGGACAGGGUCCCGAGCAUGAUCUUGUGGGGAAGUGCGGGUACGGGAAAGACGACUAUCGCUCGUGUGAUUGCAUCGCUGGUGGGCAGCAGGUUCGUCGAGAUCAACAGUACGAGCAGUGGCGUGGCGGAGUGCAAGAAGAUCUUUGCCGAAGCUCGCAGUGAAUUGGGACUUACCGGGAGAAAGACCAUCAUCUUCUGCGAUGAGAUUCACCGGUUUUCAAAAUCCCAGCAGGAUGUGUUCCUGGGCCCUGUAGAAAGUGGCCAAGUAACGCUCAUCGGUGCCACGACCGAGAACCCAUCCUUCAAAGUCCAGAAUGCCCUUCUAUCGCGAUGUCGCACCUUCACUCUUGCGAAGCUCUCCGACGAGGAUGUCACCUCGAUCCUACAGCGCGCUCUCCGGGUUGAAGGCCCGAACUAUACUCCUUCAAACCUUGUUGAUGAUGAGUUGGUGCAGUAUCUUGCCCGGUUUGCCGACGGUGACGCGCGUACAUCGUUGAACUUGCUGGAGUUAGCAAUGGACCUGUCAAAGAGACCCGGAAUGGACAAGGAAGUCCUUAAAAAGUCCUUGACAAAAACCCUGGUGUAUGACCGCGCUGGAGACCAGCACUAUGACACCAUCUCCGCCUUCCACAAGUCAAUCCGGGGCAGCGAUCCGGACGCGGCGCUCUACUACCUCGCUCGCAUGAUUCAGUCCGGCGAAGACCCGCUGUACAUUUCUCGGCGGCUCAUCGUGGUCGCUUCGGAGGACAUCGGGCUGGCUGAUAACACAAUGCUGUCGCUUGCCAUCGCUACUCAUUCCGCCGUGGAGAAGAUCGGACUCCCGGAGGCACGAAUCAACCUCGCACAUGCCACCGUGGCUAUGGCUCUGUCAAAGAAGAGCACCCGGGCAUAUCGCGGGCUGAACAACGUUAACGCCGCGUUGAAUGAGCCGGGCAUCGCAGGCUUGCCUGUUCCUGUGCACUUGAGAAAUGCCCCGACCAAGCUCAUGAAGGAGCUCGGGUAUGGCGCGGAGUACAAAUACAAUCCAAACUACGUCGAUGGGAAGGUGCAGCAGGACUACCUCCCUGAGCAACUCCUCGGUCGGACCUUCCUAGAGGAUUUGGAUCUGGGCACGCAGAGAGACCGAGAUCUCAACGUCUUGCGUCGUUGA